CUAAGGGUGUGGUGGGAGGGGCCUAAAGGGACCCUUAACAGCAGCCACUUCUCCUGUAUUAUCGCUUCAUUUAGAUACGCUAUCCACUACUGUGGCGCUCUCAACUGCAAGGCACAAGUUCAGUGGAACAAGGGCGCAGGGAGAGAGAAUUUCCCCAGCGUUGAAGUCAAAAUGAGUUGUGGGGCUACCAACGUUAGCUGGGUCCUUCUUGGGCUUCUUGCGAUUGCCUUUUUCGGUGGAACUGAUUCAUUCAGUUUUACCAGCGAGCCUUCCAACCCGACCUACUUGACCAAAGGCACGGUGGGAAAUCUGACCUGGGAAUACGCGGCAGGCACUGGCGAGACCGUACACGACCGCAUCCUUUUCCAGAAAAACAAUGUAAAAAUGGGAUACGUGGAUAAAACAGAAGCAGGUAUUACUAGAAAUAUAUACGAACUAUACCGUGGUAGCUAUGACAUCGCGAGUAGCUUCAAUCCCGUGACGCUGAUAUUCAAGAGUCCAAUAGACUCUGCUACACACGACGGCGAGUACGCGGUAGAUAUCCAAAUAGAGGAGACCGGUGAACAAGUCGUAUCAAGAGCAGCCAUCAAUGUUAUCGAUCCUCCUACGGUAACCAUUUCUAAUGCAAAAGUGUCUGCGGUGACCGGUUCUACUGCAGUGCUGACAGCUAACUUCAGCGUGCCGUCUGAAGUGUCUCACGAAAAGAAAUGGACCUUCCAAGUUCAAGGCUCCUCCUCCAGUCGCGAGGUCGGCCAAGGUGACAGCCUGCACCUGCCAAAUGUGCGAUCAAACCAGACAGGGAACUACACCAUCACCGUCAGCAAUCAGUACGGAGGCCGAGCUAGUGCUACUGUCGAGCUCCAAGUCAAUUCCCUACCAACAACCACACUGACAGCUUCUAAUGCAAGCGCAUGCGUAAAUGCAACUGUUACGCUGACCUGCUCCGCCACAGGCUACCCCGCGGCCUCCGAGUUCGUCUUGUAUCUCGGCAGCCAUGAGCUGGAACAAAACAGUAACGGGUCUUUUUCUGUUAUUCUCAAAACUCCUGGAUCAGCCGAGUACAAAUGUAGCGCCAAAAACGAAUACGGUGCCAGCGUUAAUGCAAGCGUGACCAUCACAGCUAAAGAGCCAGUCAGCAUCACUGAUUUUCCAGCUUCUAUCCUCGUCGCCAACGGCUCAAUGGCCACUCUGAACUGCUCGGCAUCAGGUGACGGUGCCAUCAACAUCACCAUCACUAAGCAAGGCAGUAGCCAGGCGUGGGGUGGAGGCGUGGUCACAUUCUCCCCCGUAUCCGCGGCAGACCAGGCCUGGUACACCUGUACCGCCAGGGAAGGAGCCAGCGAGUGCCCAGCGGUUACCAAGCAUGCUGUUGUCAUGGUUACUGGACUCCCAGCACCCAACACGAGCCUUAACGUGACGUCACCAACCACGUGUCUAGGGGACGUCAUGGAGCUGAAAUGUGCAAGCACGGCGCUGUCUGUGGAGCAGUACAUUCUAGAAGCAUCUGGUAUGGGGCAGAUGACUAGUUUGACCGGCGACUUCCGCGUCACCCUCACCGAACCGGGCAACAAGGCAUACCGCUGCCAUCCCUUUGUGAGGGGGAUUAAGUUGCCCAAUGCUACGGUAGUCGUCAAUGUGCCAGACGUCAUGGCCUCUUCUCAAAUCGCCCAAAUCGUAACGGAAGGUUCAAACGUGACGUUAGAGUGUGACGCCGGCAUCAACAAGACAGUCUCAUGGAGAAAAGUCGGACAAGCCAAAUACCCGGUAGGAGGUACCCGGAAAUUCGCCCCGGUCACGCUUGCAGAUGGGGGAUUGUACCAUUGCGUGACCGAGCACGCGCGCGAGUGUGCCGCCCUUGCCACCAAAACCGUCAACAUUCAAGUCAAUUCUAUCGGUUCAGUACCUCCCAACAUUACAACUAGCUUUAAAAACAUGAUUUUCAAAGAAAACGCCACAGUUCGCCUAACAUGUCAAGCCACUGGAAAUCCAGCACCGGACGUGUACUGGACUAAGGACCGACGGAGGAUCGGAGGUAGCAACACGCUUGAGCUCAAGGCUUCAGCUGAUAACAUGGGCGUGUACGAGUGCGUAGCGGCAAAUGGCGCGGCGCCAGACGCCAAAGCCUCGGUAACACUCGAGCUUCACGUACCCGCGCUGUGUCCAUCCGACUUCUGCAGCAAUGAUGGCAAAUGCAUAUCUUCUGAUUCUUGUGACAAAAACGGCUCAUGCGCAGACAGGCGUACCUCGUUCGAGUGCGAGUGUAAACUUGGUUGGUCUAGACCUCAGUGCAAGAAGAUAGAUGAGGUUGACAUGGUGUUUGUGGGCUCCUUUAAGUUGUCAGGGAUUGCAUGGCGGGAGGGUUACGCAAACUCGGCCACCGAGAGCUACAAGAACAUAACAGCGGAAAUCCGUCAGGCGAUCGACAAGGCUUAUGAGAACAUGCCGAUAUUCGUAAGGAGCAAAGUGUUAGACUUGAGGAAAGGCAGUGUGAUCGUUGACUUUGAACUCUCAUUUAACGAGCCGACGUCGCGCGAUAAAGCUUUGGAACCGCUACAGAACGUCGCGAUGACGGGAAGCCUGGGAAAAUACGGCAUUAACGGAUCCACCAUCACACUACAGGCGGCUAGCGCAGGUACUUACACACAGUGCAUUUUCACAGUAACAAGAUUGCGUGACGAUGUUUAUUUGCGUUUUGUGUGGCUAGCGCAGAUACAAGUAAUCACACACUGAACAUAGCCACCCUCUAGAGUAUUGCCUGACAACGUUACUCUAUUGGCGUUUUGUGUUGCACUACAGUUGGCUAGCGCAUACGACACACUGUACACAACCGAGAGAGAAGAUUGUGUGACAACGUUACUCUAUUGGCGUGUUGUGUUAUUAGUGCACACUAGCAACAUAACAACAUAACGACAUGGGCGCGCGCACUAUGUUUAGUCCGACAUAACGGCAUGGACGUAAUGACACUGCUACACUAGCUUCACCAACUUC